AUGGCACACACGCUGCCCCCGUUUCCGAGCUUCAACGUCCAAGCGACGGAUGCCAACAACAUCGGCCUCGAGUGGGCCAAGUGGGUGGACAGGUUCGAGAACUUUCUCGUUGCGUAUAACAUCACGUCAGACGUACGCAAGAAAGCGCUCCUCCUUCAUUACGCCGGUGAGGAAGUGCAUGAUCUCUACCGGUCUCUCCCGGACGACUCGUCAUCGGCAACUGUCAGCAGCACCGCGCAAGGCGCAGCGAGAACGUCAACAUCUGAGUACGACGCCGCAAGAGCAAAGCUCGACGCUCACUUUGCACCAAGAAUCAACCCAACAUUCGCCAUUUAUCGUUUCCGACAAGCACAACAGAACGUCGGUGAGUCACUCGAUGCUUUCUAUGCGCGGCUCCGGCAGCUGUCUCGUCAUUGCAACUUCCCAGACGUUGAUCUCGAGAUAAAGAAUCAGAUCAUCAUCGCGACCACAUCCACGCGCCUGCGGAAGUAUGCCAUACUGCAUUCGCUGGACUUGCCAGAUAUCCUCAAGCAAGGACGCAUGUUCGAGGACGUGGAGCACGAUGUGUCUGAAAUCGAGCGGAGCACCGACAAGCCAGUCCUCGCAGUACGAAAGGAUGAGCAGCAUCGCGGCAGCAAGCAAAAAAGAAGUUUGAAACCGCCUCAGCGACCAAACUACCAGGCACAACAAGAUCAGCCUGUCGACAGAUUGUCACAACUGCGGUGGCAAAUGGCCACAUGA